AUGGAUUAUCAACGCUUUAUUUGGCAGGAAACUGCUCCAGGAAAAUAUGAGCGAGAAGUCGACGAAGCGGAGCAAUUCUACACGUCUGUAGCGAAGACAUAUGCGGAAAUUGGACAUACUGUAUUCGCCAUCACUGCUUGCAUCAGUCUGAAAGUUGCGUUACCGGUGAACAUGGCAAUCGGUGGCCUAGAUGAGAAGAUUGAUGAUUCCUUUCGCAGGGCAUGGAAGGAGAUGUUGUUUGAUCACCCCACUUUGGCCGCGCCUGUGGUCUACGACACCGAGACGAAGAAAUGCAAGAAAGUGUAUCAAUCACCUGCCACUGAGUUGGAUUUGGACAACUGGCUACGAGAUACCUUUACCAUUAUCGACGACGGUCAGACUGGGGAGGAAUUUGCCAAUACCGAUCCCCCUGUUGGGCCAUUGGCAAAGCUCUACAUCGUCAAACCUGCACAGAAUAAUCCUGACGGACUGAGUCGCGACAUUGUUUUCCGCAGCUCACACGACAUGAUCGACGGCCUAGGCUCCUUUUACCUUCUGAACAACUUUCUCCUCUACGCCUCGUCAGCAUUCUCAUCAUCGAACUCAUUCAAAACACCCACCAUAGGGGAUAGAAAUGAAGUAAAGAACCUCUCACCUCCUUUCCGCGUCGCAGCAAACGUACCCCCCACACCAAACGCCUCUCAAAGUUCAAAGCUCGCGGAAACACGCGCCCUAAACAAUAUCCUGGCUUCCACGCCCGACAUCACAGUACUGUCUCUCCCAUAUUCUACCCACUCUCCAACUCCUGGAAAUUCACAACGGACAGCAAUUCUCCUCACAGAACCACAAACGAAAGCGAUCGUUUCAGCAUGCAAAGAAAGAGGAAUAACACCCACACAAGCAGUUCACUCCAGCAUCGCGCUCGCGCUCGCAGAACUACAGCCAGCCACCGAAGCCCCUCGAUCGGGACGAUAUAUAUCAUACUCUCUCAUCAACUUGAGGAAACAUUGUGUAGCGCCUUAUGAUACUGCAAAGCAUGCUGCAUCGGCAUAUCAUUGUGCAUCUGGACUGCGCCUGGGUAUUGAUGUUGCCAUCUCAGCGAGCCCUCCCGGUGCGGGCACGACAGAGGCCGUUGAACGGAAAGAAGAACAGACAGAGAAAAAUGAGGCAUUUGAAUCUGCAUUGGAGCAGAUGAAAAAAUUCUCCCAAGACACACGUGUGGAUGAAGAUUUCAUCUCGACCGUGCCUUCACUUUUUGCCUCCGUCACUCCUCCUUACCCUUCUUCCCCGAUACCACUAGCAUAUCUCCCACUGAAUAAAAGCCCCUCAAUCUCGCUCUCAAGUCUUGGUAUAAUCAAUCAGAUUAUACAGUCCCGCUACGACGCGUUUGAAGUUGUUUCUCCACCCUGGGUCGUCGGUGGAGAGUAUAAUACUGGCUACGGACUCUUUCUUGGGACGUGGAGUGGGAGAUUGGUGUUGAAUGCGGCCUACAACGAGAGUUUCCAUGGGCGGGCGGAGGUACAGGCUUUUCUGAGACGGGUGACGGGAAUCGUGUCGCGAGGUUUGGGUGUUAAGGAAGAAUGA